AUGCACGGUCAGCUUUCACAGGAUACGGUGGUAGCCGCAGCAGCUAGUGCGGUGUGGGAUGUCUACCGCGGCCUUGAGCUCGGCAGACUUGUGAAUCAAUUGCUGCCAGAUGUUCUCGGAAAAGUAGAAGUCAUCGAAGGUGAUGGAAGUGUUGGUACAAUUCUAAAGGUCACAUUUCCACCAGGAACCCCUGGAACAGGUUAUAUGAAAGAAAUAUUCACAAAGAUUGAUGAAGAGAAGCGUGUGAAGGAGGCAGAAACCAUUGAAGGAGGGUUUAAAGCACUGGGGUUCAAUGUUUACCGAGCUCGUUUUGAAAUUAUUGAGAAAGAUUCUGCAACAAGUGUUAUAAGAUCAACGAUAGAGUAUGAAGUUGACGAUGAAUUAGCAAAUUUAGCUUCUCAUGUCACCACCAAGCAAGUGGAAAUACUAGCAGAAGCCAUUGGAAAGCAACUGUGUGAGAAGAAAGCUACGGGUUAGAAUCUUCAAAAGGAUUUUAC